AUGCCAGCAGAAAUUGAAUAUCUUGCGUCCACACUAAUCGAUCUAGGUAUUUAUGAUAGUAUCAUUCCUGAUUUGCCAUAUGAAAUAAGUAAAUUAGAAAAAUUACAAAUAAUCAAGUUUUCGAAUACUGGCCUGACGAUUCUUCCAGAAUUUAUUGCUAAUCUUUCAUCAUUACAAUUUUUGUCUUUACCAAAUAACAUGUUGACGUCAUUACCAACAACUAUUCUUAAUAAUCAGUUAUUACGAGAAAUUGAAUUAGGUAAUAAUGUACAGUUUAAUUCCAUACAAUCACUCAAUGGUCAUCCAUCUGUAAGAUAUAUAGAAGCAAAUAAUUGUUCAAUUGAAAAUCUUCCUGUUAAUUUAUCUCAACUAAUUGAUUUAUAUAUAUAUCGAACAAUAAACUAA